AUGGAGCCCAAGAUCCACCCCGCUGCAACCGUUACAAACAUCAAGAGCCUGAUUCCGGUUGUGCUCGAGAUGGAAUCCGGGCAAUAUGCCUCUUGGUCCGAACUAUUUAAGAUUCAAUGUCGGGCUAACCUCGUCAUCGAUCAUCUCUCCCCCAAACCUGCUGCAUCCUCCUCAUCCUCUGGAACAUCCACAGACGCCGACAAAGCCAAAGAAAAAGAGCCUGAUGAAUCUUGGGAUCGGUUGGAUGCCAUUGUGCUCCAAUGGAUUUAUGCAACCAUCUCGAAUGACCUCUUGCACACAAUCCUCAAGCCAAAUACCACUGCGUAUGAUGCUUGGAAGACACUCGAAAGCCUUUUUCAAGAUAACAAAAGUUCUCGAGCCAUUCACCUCAUGCACAAUCCAACACACGCCUUGACGGAUUCUCUAGCGUCUCGGCGCCUCAAUGAACAGUACGAAGGUAUUGCCACCAUUCUUCAGCAACAGGACCCUUUGCCAUCGUUCUAUGAAGCUCGGUCUAAAAUCAUGCUCGUUGAAACUCGCAAGGCCGAACAAGCUCUUCUCACAGCUCAAACCGCGGGCACCGCAUUAAACGCAAACACGACCAAAUCUCAGCCCCCGGCAAACAACACUGAAUUCAGACCGGAACCGGAUCGCUAUCGUGGCAGGGGCCGCUCCCGUGGCCGUGGAAGGGGACGUGGUUCCUGGGGAAGGGGCCGCCACAACAACUACUCACAGCAGCCGACUACUUGGCCCACUCAACAAACAGCCUGGCCCAACUCCGCACCGCAACAACAGUGGGCCGGGUCCGGUUCACAGCAGCCUUUCUCCACCCCUGCUUGGACCGCCCAACAACCUUCAUUCUGGACGCCUCCUCCCUGCCCAUAUCCAACAGCCCCUCGGCCCACUUCAGCAACUAAUCAUGGCGGUAACGGGCUUCUUGGUCCACGGCCCACUCAGGCUUAG